CCCCCAGGAGCUUUUGAAUUUCAUUUCCUGUUUGAGCAGCAUGGAGAGCUCACCACCACAGCUGACCAUGGCUGCCCAGGUACGCAAACGUGCGCCAGCGUUUAGCACACAGGAGACACUGGAUCUGAUUGCCAUGUGGGGAGAAGAGCUUGGGCAGACAGAUGUCUUUGCCAAAAUCGCACAGCGCAUGGGGGAAAAAGGCUACACCAGGGACGCACAGCAGUGCCGGGUGAAAAUAGGGGCACUCAGGCACGCUUACCUGAAGACAAGGAUGGCAAAUAGUCGCCCUGGUGCUCAGCCACAGACAUGCCGCUUCUAUGAGCAGCUGCAUGCGAUUCUAGACAGGGACUCCAUCAGUUUCCCAAUAUUAGUCGUGGAUAGCACCUACGGCAGCAUUUAUGUGGAGGACUUUAUUGAUGAGGAGGACUUUCUUGAUGAGGAAGAGGAAGAGAAUGUGCAGCAGUCAAGCGGAGGAUCCAUUCUCCCCAAAAACCAGGACCGUUUCCUAACUCUGGAGCCAAUCCUCUCCCAGGACCCACUGCUGCAGGGCUGUGAUGGCGGGGAAGGCACCUCUGCUGCAACAUUGUCUCUGGCGGGUGCUUCCUCCACUCCAGCACAAAGGCUGUCUCAGAUUAGAAGGUGAAAAAUGCGGACAAGGGAAGCAGGGCCGGAUCUAGGU